CUCCUUUUGAACUUCCUUUCUUGCCCCAAAGAGUCUACAUGUCUGGUGGCAUCUAGACAUGUUCAGCUUUGUGGAUAUGCGGCUGGCGCUUCUGCUCAGCACGGCGGUGCUCCUGGUCAAUGCCCAGGGAGAGGACGACAGCACAGGCGGGAGCUGCAAAGUAGCCGGCCAGGUGUUUAAUGACAGGGACGUAUGGAAACCAGAACCAUGCCAGAUCUGCGUGUGUGACAGCGGCUCAGUGUUGUGCGAUGAUGUGAUCUGCGAGGAGUCUGACUGCCCCAACCCCAUCAUCCCCCCCGGCGAGUGCUGCCCCGUCUGCCCCGACGACGGCUUCCAGGAUGCUCAGGUUGAGGGACCCAGAGGACAGCGUGGACCCAAGGGAGACAGGGGUCCUGCUGGCCCCCCUGGUAGAGAUGGUAUCCCAGGACAGCCUGGACUUCCUGGACCUCCCGGCCCCCCUGGACCUCCUGGCCUUGGUGGAAACUUCUCCCCUCAAAUGUCUGGUGGCUAUGAUGACAAAUCCCCUGCCAUGCCCGUGCCUGGACCUAUGGGCCCUAUGGGACCCCGAGGACCCCCUGGACCUCCUGGCUCAAGUGGACCUCAAGGAUUUACUGGCCCCCCUGGUGAGCCUGGUGAGGCUGGAGCUGCUGGUCCCAUGGGUCCACGUGGCCCAGCUGGUCCUCCUGGAAAGAAUGGAGAGGAUGGUGAGUCUGGCAAACCUGGCCGUGCUGGUGAGCGUGGACCCGCUGGCCCUCAGGGAGCUCGUGGAUUCCCCGGAACUCCUGGAUUGCCCGGAAUCAAAGGACACAGAGGAUUCAGUGGUGCCGAUGGCGCUAAGGGAGACAGUGGCCCUGCUGGACCCAAGGGAGAGGCUGGCUCCCCUGGUGAGAAUGGUACUCCUGGUGCUAUGGGACCUCGUGGUCUUCCUGGUGAGAGGGGCCGCACUGGCGCUCCUGGAUCUGCUGGAGCUCGUGGUAACGAUGGUGCCGCUGGUGCUGCUGGACCUCCAGGUCCCACUGGCCCUGCUGGACCUCCUGGAUUCCCUGGUGGCCCUGGAGCCAAGGGUGAUGUCGGAGCUCAGGGUGCUCGUGGACCCGAAGGCCCCGCUGGUUCCCGUGGAGAGCCCGGUAACCCUGGACCUGCUGGCCCCGCUGGCCCUGCUGGAAACCCCGGAACUGAUGGAGCCCCUGGAGCUAAGGGAGUAGCUGGUGCCCCUGGAAUUGCUGGAGCUCCUGGUUUCCCCGGACCUCGUGGGCCUCCUGGACCUCAGGGUGCUGUCGGUGCCCCUGGAGCCAAGGGUAACACUGGAGAUGUUGGUGCCCCUGGAGCCAAGGGAGAGCCUGGUGCUAAGGGAGAGGCUGGUGUUGCUGGAGUUCAGGGACCCCCAGGACCUCCUGGUGAGGAAGGCAAGAGAGGUGCCAGAGGUGAGCCUGGUGCUGCUGGAGCUCGUGGAUCCCCCGGAGAGAGAGGUGCCCCUGGUGGUCGUGGUUUCCCUGGAGCUGAUGGCCCUGCUGGACCCAAGGGUGUCACUGGUGAGCGUGGUGCCCCCGGUUUGGUUGGACCCAAAGGUUCCACUGGUGAGCCUGGUCGCACUGGUGAGCCUGGAUUGCCUGGAGCUAAGGGUAUGACUGGUAGCCCUGGCAGCCCUGGACCUGAUGGAAAGACUGGACCUGCUGGAGCCCCUGGACAAGAUGGCCGCCCUGGACCCCCAGGACCUGUUGGAGCCAGAGGCCAGCCUGGAGUUAUGGGAUUCCCUGGACCCAAAGGAGCUGCUGGUGAGGCCGGAAAGCCUGGAGAGAGAGGAGUGAUGGGACCUACCGGCCCUGCUGGUGCUCCUGGAAAGGAUGGUGAAGUUGGUGCUCAGGGACCUUCUGGCCCUGCUGGUCCUUCUGGUGAGAGAGGAGAGGCCGGACCUGCUGGACCUCCUGGAUUCCAGGGACUUCCAGGACCUCAGGGUGCGUCUGGUGAGACUGGCAAACCUGGAGAGCAGGGUCUGCCCGGAGAAGCUGGAGCCCCAGGACCCGCUGGAUCUAGAGGUGACAGAGGAUUCCCUGGUGAGCGUGGUGCCCCUGGUCCUAUUGGACCUGCUGGUGCUCGUGGAGCUCCUGGAGCUGCUGGAAAUGAUGGUGCUAAGGGAGAUGCCGGUGCCCCUGGUACUCCCGGAGCCCAAGGACCCCCCGGACUGCAGGGAAUGCCUGGUGAGCGUGGUGCUGCUGGACUUCCAGGAUUGAAGGGAGACAGAGGUGAUCAAGGAGCAAAGGGCGCUGAUGGUGCCCCUGGCAAGGAUGGUGUCCGUGGUAUGGCUGGACCUAUUGGACUUCCUGGACCUUCUGGUUCCACUGGAGACAAGGGAGAGCCUGGCCCUGCUGGACCUGUUGGACCCUCUGGAGCUCGUGGUGCCCCUGGUGAGCGUGGAGAGUCUGGACCACCUGGACCAGCUGGUUUCGCUGGACCUCCUGGUGCUGAUGGACAGCCUGGUGCUAAGGGAGAGGCUGGAGACAAUGGUGCUAAGGGAGAUGCUGGUGCCCCUGGACCUGCUGGACCCACUGGUGCCCCAGGACCUCAGGGUCCUGUUGGAAACACUGGUCCUAAAGGAGCCCGUGGACCUGCUGGACCUCCUGGUGCUACUGGUUUCCCUGGUGCUGCUGGCCGAGUCGGACCUCCCGGCCCCUCUGGCAAUGCUGGACCUGCCGGACCUGCUGGACCCGCUGGCAAAGAAGGACCCAAAGGAAACCGUGGUGAGACUGGCCCUGCUGGUCGUCCUGGUGAGGUCGGUCCCGCUGGACCUCCUGGAGCUCCUGGAGAGAAGGGUAGCGCUGGUGCUGAGGGUGCUCCUGGUAGUGCUGGUCUGCCUGGCCCUCAGGGUCUUAGUGGACAGCGUGGUAUUGUUGGUCUCCCUGGACAGAGAGGAGAGAGAGGUUUCCCUGGAAUGCCUGGACCCGCUGGAGAGGUUGGAAAGCAAGGACCUGCUGGCCCCGGUGGUGAGCGUGGACCUCCAGGACCCAUGGGACCCCCAGGACUUGCUGGUGCUCCCGGUGAGCCUGGACGUGAGGGAUCCCCAGGUAACGAGGGUGCAGCUGGACGUGAUGGCGCUCCUGGACCCAAGGGAGAUCGUGGUGAGAGCGGCGCUGCUGGUGCCCCUGGUGCUCCUGGACCUCCUGGUGCCCCUGGACCUGUUGGACCCGCUGGAAAGACUGGUGACCGUGGAGAGUCUGGACCUGCUGGACCUGCUGGAGCCGCUGGCCCUGCUGGACCUCGUGGCCCUGCUGGACCUGCUGGACCCCGUGGAGACAAGGGAGAGUCAGGAGAGGCUGGUGAGAGGGGUAUGAAGGGACACAGAGGAUUCACUGGCAUGCAGGGACCUCCUGGACCAGCUGGAUCUAAUGGAGAGCAAGGACCAGCUGGACCAGCUGGACCUGCCGGACCUAGAGGCCCUGCUGGAUCUGCUGGUGCUCCUGGCAAAGAUGGUAUGAGUGGUCUCCCUGGACCAACUGGACCUCCAGGACCUCGUGGUCGUUCUGGCGAGAUGGGACCUGCUGGUCCUCCUGGACCUCCUGGACCCCCUGGACCCCCAGGUGCUCCUGGUGGUGGAUUCGACCUCGGCUUCAUUGCCCAGCCUCAGGAGAAGGCCCCUGAUCCCUUCCGUAUGUUCCGUGCUGACGACGCUAAUGUUCUGCGUGACCGCGAUUUGGAGGUGGACAGCACCCUCAAGAGCUUGAGCCAGCAAAUCGAGCAGAUCCGCAGUCCAGAUGGAACCCGUAAGAACCCUGCUAGAACCUGCCGUGACCUGAAGAUGUGCCACCCAGACUGGAAGAGUGAUUUCUACUGGAUCGACCCUGACCAGGGCUGCACUCAGGAUGCCAUCAAAGUUUACUGCAACAUGGAGACAGGCGAGACAUGUGUAUCACCAACUCAGCCUGAGGUGGCCAAGAAGAACUGGUACGUGAGCAAGAACAUCAAGGAGAAGAAGCACGUCUGGUUCGGCGAGACCAUGAACGAUGGCUUCCAGUUCGAGUAUGGCAGCGAAGGCUCUCAGCCAGAGGAUGUCAACAUUCAGCUGACCUUCCUGCGUCUCAUGUCCACUGAGGCAUCUCAGAACAUCACCUACCAUUGCAAGAACAGCGUGGCCUACAUGGACGCUGCUGCUGGUAACCUCAAGAAGGCCCUGCUCCUCCAGGGCUCUAACGAGAUUGAGAUCAGAGCCGAAGGCAACAGCCGCUUCACCUACAGUGUUCUGGAGGACGGAUGCACGUCACACACCGGAACAUGGGGAAAGACAGUCAUUGACUACAAGACAACGAAAACAUCUCGCCUGCCCAUUAUUGAUAUCGCUCCUAUGGACGUUGGUGCUCCAGACCAAGAGUUUGGCAUUGAAGUGGGACCUGUCUGUUUCUUGUAAAAAGAGCAAUCUGGACUUGAAAUUGUUGUUGUGUGUGUGCGUGAGUGAGUUUUGUUUUUUUCUAGCAGUCAUCUCUCUACAAAAUACCCAUCAUAACAUUAAGAAAUUUGCAAGCCCUCCAUCCUAAAAACCUGCACUUCAACAAAAUGGCGCUGAUGCAGAAAUAUUGGCAUCAUCGUGUUUGGGACCACUACUUUCUUCUUGAUUUUUGAGUUCGUUUUUUACAACACCAAGGAUCCUGUAAAGACGUUUUGUUUCACUGGCAACAAGAAAAUAAUAUAUGCUUCUGUAAAGUGUAAAAAUGUACUUCCCCCUACAUCCCACCAAGCCCCGAUAGGCCUCUCUGGAGUUUACAAAGUGACUUAUUUUUCUACACCACUGCAAUGAGAGGAAUGAAAGGACAGUCCCAACAGACAGAACCCAAAUGCUAUGUACCACGUUCAGGUGUUGAUGAAUAAACGGUGAAACUGACA